UGGUCGUGAGGGGUCACGUGCCAUUUACAGCCGGGUAUCUGUGGUCAGCCUUAACAUUUCUCGGAUAUCUCGGUAUUUUGUCGAUAUACGAGUAUAUUUAAAAGCCUUAAAAUGCCUAUAUUUUCUGAGCUGUAUUUUAAUGUGGAUAAUGGCUACUUGGAAGGGUUGGUCAGGGGUUUUAAGGCUGGAAUUCUUUCUCAAGGAGACUAUCUAAAUCUCGUUCAGUGCGAAACCCUGGAAGACCUGAAACUCCAUCUGCAAAGUACAGACUAUGGCAGCUUCCUGGCCAACGAGGCUUCCCCACUCACAGUGUCAGUCAUUGAUGACAAGCUCAAAGAGAAGAUGGUGGUGGAGUUUCGCCACAUGAGGAACCAGUCCUAUGAACCACUUGCUAGCUUCAUGGACUUCAUCACGUACAGCUACAUGAUUGACAACGUGAUCUUGCUGAUCACGGGCACACUCCACCAGCGUGCCAUCUCUGAGCUGGUGCCCAAGUGCCACCCCCUGGGCAGCUUCGAACAGAUGGAGGCUGUGAACAUCGCACAGACCCCGGCGGAGCUCUACAACGCCAUCCUGGUGGACACCCCUUUGGCUGCUUUCUUCCAAGACUGUAUAUCUGAGCAGGAUCUGGAUGAGAUGAACAUUGAAAUCAUUCGUAAUACACUGUACAAGGCAUAUUUAGAGGCUUUCUACAAGUUCUGCUCCACUCUGGGCGGAACCACUGGUGACACAAUGUGCCCCAUCCUGGAGUUUGAGGCGGAUCGGAGGGCCUUCAUCAUCACCAUCAACUCGUUCGGUACGGAGCUGUCCAAGGAGGACCGCGCCAAGCUCUUCCCCCACUGCGGAAAGCUGUACCCAGAGGGCCUUGCUCAGCUGGCUCGCGCCGAUGACUACGAGCAGGUCAAAGCUGUGGCUGACUACUACCCUGAAUACAAGCUCCUGUUUGAGGGGGCUGGUAGCAACCCUGGAGACAAGACCCUGGAGGACAGGUUCUUUGAGCAUGAGGUGAAGCUGAACAAGCUGGCGUUCCUGAACCAGUUCCACUUCAGCGUGUUCUACGCCUACGUAAAGCUGAAGGAGCAGGAGUGUCGAAACAUUGUGUGGAUCGCGGAGUGCAUCGCGCAGCGGCACCGCGCCAAGAUCGACAACUACAUUCCCAUCUUCUGAGCUCACGCACGCCCACACACACACACACACACACACACACACACACACACACCUCUGUACGUCCCUACCCUCUGCCGUCUUCCACAUCUGUCAUAAAUCCCCUGCCGCGUCCUGUACGUCAGACUGUGGCUCGUCCUGAAUCCACUUUCCCACCUGGUCUUUCAAUGCAUUUGACUAAAUUUGAUUUGUAACUGUAGACCAGUAUGAGGUAACUAGCUGGCGAUGCUUUGUCUCUUCACGGCUGGAUGCAAAAUCCCCACGCCGCCCCGCUCCAGUUAACACCACGGUUGUGGGUUCGUUCCCAAGCUGCGGCGUAUUCACUGCUUUUGCCCUGUUCCUGUAUCUCGUUUUGUAGAGCCUCUGAUUGGUUAAAACCCUGAAUGCCGAUUGGCUUAAAGUUGUGCUGCAUCAGUCUGUAUGACAACGGUGUGACAUUUUAUAGUAGCAAAGGGCACCUGUGGGCUUCCUGGUGAAUGUACCAUAAGGACCAGGGUGUCCUGCCACUCCACUUCACAUUGGAGAAGUGCUCUGCAUUGUUUUCGGAGGUGCAAUCAAACAUGGCCGCCUCACAAAUGGUUACCAAAUGGAUACUGGAUACCUGUGGCUGAGUCAAAAGUAGUGCACCCUACCAGUCCCAAACAGUAUCUCUCGGCGUCCUGUCACACGGGUGCUGCUCUUAGCGUCAUGCUGCCGAGAGCUAUAGCCUGCCUGAGAGACUUUAUGUCCCCUUGUGAAAGAAACCCCCCCCCCCCCCCCCCCCCGCGCGCGCGCGCGCACACGUCUACGAAAUGUUACCUGACUAUGCUCUGUCCUGAACGGCACUCUUUGCAGAUUAACGCACCAUCUUGGUCAGGAAGGGGUGCGUUAUAGUGAAUAGGGCACCUGUUGGGACUUUGAGUGCAGGUCCCUACGUGCGUCCUCUACGUGUUAAUAUGGCGGCGUUGAGUCAAACAAUCUACCGCCAGACACGUUCGUUAUCCCCCCGCCCCAGGAGUUCCCCCGGAUGACCGGUCCUGCUGAGGUAUAAUAUGCUGUAGGGUGAUUAUCGCCAUCGGUUUUGUAAACCUGCGAUUGGCAGGGUGGCUUUAGAAAACAUUCCAUUGUUCUGCUUUAGGUUUCCAUCUUUUCAACUUGUGUAGCUAGAGUGGAUCUCAUAUUUUGGGUGUCCGGUGAGUGAGUCUGUGUUCUGACGGCAUGUGGAAUACUGUGUCGUGAUUUAUUUAAUUAUUUUCUUGGUAUAAAAGUGAAGUGACCCUUUUUCCCAUUCAACAGUUUGUGUAUGUGUCUCAAUGGCGCUGUUCGCUAAGACGGGCACUUUUUGAUCCGGGGCCACAUGUCUGUCUCUGUGAACUCUGGGAAUUCUGGGAAAAUGUUUGCUACCUGUCUUGUGGAGUAAGAAAAGACUGAUAACAGUUCACCUAAAUAAUUUUCACACACUCCUAAUAUUGUUUUUGUGAAAAUGAGAUGACUGAACCUGAUCAGUCCAACAGUAGUUCAAAUUACAUCUUUGGCAUGAAAAAUGUUAUCUGAUUAAAUGAAAAAGAAACUAAUAUCUAAUGUGUAAACUAAACCAGGAUAUAUAUAUAUAUAUAUAUUUAAAGAUGAUUUGUCAUGAUGUAAAAAUGUAGAUGUCACAUUCAUGUUAAAUUGAGUUCUGUGUCUUAUUUGUGGAAUGUGUUGUUGUAAAUGUGAUAAAAAUAUGAAUAUACACGCUACAGCCAA